AUGGCAGCCGCGCAGCCGAUGAGCGUGGACGAGCGGGAGAAGAAGGAGGAGGAGGAGUUCCGGACGGGGCCGCUCUCGGUGCUGAUCAACUGCCGCAACAACCACAAGCUUCUGGCGCGCGUCAAGGCCUUUGACCGCCACUGCAACAUGAUCCUCGAGAACGUCAAGGAGAUGUGGACAGAGGUGCCAAAGUCUGGCCGCGGCCAGAAGGGGUCGCGCCCCGUCAACCGCGACCGCUUUGUGUCCAAGAUGUUCCUGCGGGGGGACAGCGUCAUCCUCGUGCUGCGCAACCCAAAGUAG